GUCUCAGUAGCGCUGCGGUCGCCGGCGCAACUGCAGCGAUGACGUCAGUACUGCUGCUGCCGCUGACCGCGGCCGCCUUGCUGGGGCGGGCCCUCGCACAGGAUGCCGUGUGCUACGACGGACUGCCGUGCUUCCCGAUGACGCCGCAGUGGUCGUCCCCUCUGCGGCCCGUGCCGGCUCCCAGGAGCCCGGCGCAGGUGGCCACCUCCUUCACACUCUUCACCAGGAGCACCCAGUACUCCGGGUACAACGUCACCACGUGGCCCCACGUGUCCGUCGACGGCUCCGACUACGAGGGCCGCCGGCGCACCACGUGGGUCGUGCAGGGAGCCAGCAGCAGCUGGAACCAGACCUGGAUGAACGACAUGAAGAACAAACUGCUCGCCAAGGAGGACUGCAACGUGGUGCUGGUGGUGUGGGGCAAGGGCGACCCCGACUACAACUUCACAUACCCCCAGGCCGUGGCGGACACUCGGCUCGCCGGCGCAGAGAUGGCCAGGGUUGGGCGUUACCUGAUAGACAAUAAGGGAGCAUCUGCUUCGGAUUUCCACGUCAUCGGAUUCAGUCUCGGAGGCCAGAUAGCUGGUUACAUGGGGAAGGAACUCUACGACAUCGGCCGCAUUACGGCUUUGGACCCGUCGGACGCGGGGUUCGAGAACUUCUCCGGCGCGGUGCAGCUGCACGAGGGCGACGCGAGGCUGGUGGAGGUUGUGCACACGUCCAUCGCCCCCGCACUGCCGCCGCUGGGCGCGGGCAGCAGCCCCCCGGCCGGACAUGUGGACUUCUAUUUGAACGGCGGGAAAGUUCAACCAGGAUGUAAUCCAAAAAAUUACUCCAUACAGACACCGGCAGAUUUCGAUUCCUUGCCGGAAGAUGACGUGGACGAGAUAGUGGGCUGCUCGCACGGGCGCAGCGUGGACGUGUACCUGGAGGCCAUCUCGCGCGCCGACUGCGCCUUCUGCGGCCGCAGGAGGACCGGCGGGAGCGGGCCCGCGCAGUGCUCGCCGCGGACGUGCAGGCUCCUCGGCCGGGACGACCCCCGCUACCGGGCCCUGGGCGUGCUGGACCUGGUGACCGGCGCAGCCAGCCCCUACUGCAUUGGAGACGGCUCGAAUAACCCAGUCAAAGCUACGAAGAGAAGUAUGAAACAAAACGCUUAAAGUUUAAAUGUAGACUAUUUGUUUCAGCACCUCUGUACAAGAGUUUAUCCAACUAAAAAUAAAACAGAAAAUUUGAUGUAUUCCUCAUAAAA